AUGGCCUGGCGCCGCGCUCGGGCCGGGCUGCUGCUAAUGCCGCGCCUGUUGCUGCUGCUGGCGCAGGGAAGAGCGAGCAGCAGCCACACACCAGGAAUGGUCGGAUUGCCCCCGGCUGCCUACGACUUCUUGUUCGGUGGGGGUCCCUCUGCUUUCUCCUCCGCCUCAGCCUCCGCCAGCUCGGCUGCAGCGGGCAGAGAGCGCCUAGGAGACGUGUCUGCAGCCCUAGGCGCCAGCGCUCGGGACAUGGUAGCUGUCCACAUGCUUAAGCUCUAUGAGAAAUACAACCGCGAGGGCAGCCGGCCGGGAGAUGGCAACACCGUCCGCAGUUUCAAACCCAAACUGGAAAUGAUUAACCAGAAAGCCUUGUAUCAUUUCAAUUUGACAUCUAUGCAAGAUUCAGAAAUGGUUCUUUCAGCCACAUUCCACUUCUACUCAGAUCGGCGGCCUCGAUCCCGAGAAGUGAUGUGCAAACGUUCCAAGAACUCCUCAUGUCGCCUUCUGCACCUACAACCCCUCCCUCGUUUCCACCUGGUAUUCCGCAGUGUCCCACAGAAUGCAGCUUUUGGGUUGGUCAAGGGUAAUGUGACUAUCUUCCCCCACCAACGAGGUGUUUGGCAAGCCAAGGAUAUUUCUCACAUAAUUAAGGAAGCCAAACAGGAUGGGGAACUUCUCCUCUUGGCUGAGCUUGAUUCUGGGGAGAAGGACCAAGUCUUCCAUGGCCCAGGACCAAAUAACAUGCCCUACAUCCUUGUCUAUGCUAAUGAUCUGGCAAUCUCUGAACCCAAUAGUGUGGCCGUGACUCUCCAGAGGUAUGACCCCUUCCCGACCAGUGACACUGACCCAAGCCGAUCACCCAAUGCCUCCACUGACUCUCGGGUGAGGAGGGACAUUUAUGUCCCUGGUUCUAUCCAUGACAAUGAGCUUCCAGAAGUAGAAUAUAAUCACCAUCAUGCCCAUCACCUCCACCAUCCUCAUCACCCUCAGCACUAUCAUAAACAUGACCUGUGGGAAAGUGCCUAUAAGGCCCUAAAACCAAAAGCAUCCAGGAAAGACCGAAGGAAAAAAGGACAAGAUAAUAAUGAAAUGCUCACAAAAUCUCAAAUGCUGAAUUUUGAUGAAAAAACCAUGAAAAAAGCCCGAAGAAAACAAUGGAAUGAGCCAAGAAUUUGCUCACGGAGAUACUUAAAAGUUGACUUUGCAGACAUAGGGUGGAAUGAAUGGAUCAUAUCACCCAAAUCAUUUGAUGCCUAUUACUGUUCUGGGGCAUGUGAGUUCCCAAUGCCUAAGAUUGUGAGACCAUCAAACCACGCCACAAUCCAGAGCAUUGUAAAAGCAGUGGGGAUCAUUCCAGGCAUUCCAGAGCCCUGCUGCGUUCCUGAUAAAAUGAACUCCCUCAGCGUACUGUUCUUAGAUGAGAAUAGAAACGUGGUACUAAAGGUGUACCCCAACAUGUCAGUAGAGACUUGUGCCUGCCGAUAAAUCUCUCGGAUGAACUUCUGUUUAAAAAAAGAAAAAAAGACAGAAAGGAAGGAAAAGAGACCCCAUCUGAUUACAAGCACAGUGCAUCCUGGGGACCUUGGGUCAAGGAAAUUAGUCCAGCUGUAUUUAUGAUGGGGUUUGGUUCAAUAAACAGACACAAACACACAUACACAUACACACCAUAAAAAAAAAAAAAAAAAGAACUCCAUGAGGUUGUAGAAGGAGCUCUUCAUUCUUUUGGAGAUUUUUUUUUUAAUAACUAACGACAGCCCCCUGAGUUCAAAAAUUCAAUUAAUUACAUCGAGUAUUUGGGUCUUCUCAAAGGCCUUCUACUCUCUCCUUACUCAGAGCUUGCCACCUUCGUUACAUUAAACUUGCCAUCAAGAAACCCCAAGAUUAUUCCCGUGCCUUUUUAUCUUAUCAUCUCAUAAUUUGGGAAGUAGGCUUUACACAUUCUGGCCUAUCAGUUCCCUAUAAAAACAUUUUUUUGUUUAAAACACUCACCUGCCUUUUAAUAUACGUAUUUAUAUUGAAAAGAAGGCUGUAAUAAAGGGCUUAAAUGUAUAUUUUCUUUGAGAUUCAAAUGUAGCGCACUGUAUAAGCUUUUAUACAUAUAUAUACAAUAUAUGUUAAUAUAACCAAAUUUUGGUUACUUCCUCCUAAUAUAUAUUUUAUUUUGCAAAAGAAGGGGAUACUCCCGUGUACCCUACAGACGUGCAAGUUGCUGGGUUAAUUUUGAGUUGUCAAGACACACAUAUUCUUGAAAUAACACAUAUAGUAAUAUGUUUAAAUACUAAAACAAAAUAACCAAGAUUUUAUAUUUUUGUAAAUUAUGCUUUCUAUACUAUAGAAUAUGUUAU